UAAACAUAUUUGACAGUGGCUCCACCCCUUGUUGUAAGAAGUACAUUUCUGCCUCUGGUAUGAAGUGUCUCUUCCUGUCUGUUGAAAUAGCUUCCUUUUAAUGUCGUUGUUGUCAACUCGUUCAACCAUUUGCCUAAAUGUUCAUAGAUGAUGUCAAAACACUUUGCGCCUUCUUGCAGUGGUCAUUCUUGCUGUCUACAAAAAAACCGUGAAACUUCGUUGGAUAUUUGGCUAUAUCGGUGAUGUUAAGAUUGGAAGGAAGGAAACUGGUGAACUGGAAGGUGGUUUAGUUUAAACUGAAAACAGUGAGUGCUACUAGGUGACAGACGACAGGUUCCUAUAUCCGGAGUGCGCCAUUUUGUAUACUUCCUUUUUCAUGCUACCACUGCUAGGUUUUCAACUGGUAUGUGUCCGCUUUUAUACCUGCUCCUCGAUGCUGAGAUGUGAGGGGGCCAAAACAUGACUCAUCAAGUUUAGACAAAAAGUUCACCUUUGUUCAGCCCCAGUCGUAUGACGCAGUGGAGCCCCUUGACCUCGAGGAGUUUUUGAUGUCUCAACUACAAAGUGGAGACUUGGCUCUGAUGCAAGAGCUGGGAGACUUUCCUGACGAUGAACUCAAAGUAGAGCAGGUGGACAAGGAUUGCCGCACUGUGAGGUUCUCUGUUCCUGAGGAAGGAGUGGAGCUGGAGCCUCAUGUCAGAGACUGUGUAAAGAGCUACAUCCAGCCCUGGCUCGUGGUCUCUCGGAGGUGCCAGGGCAAUGGAUGGAGUGUCUAUUCAGAGCGUGCUGGACUACACAAACUGCUACUGAAACAGACCUUUGAGUCAGAUUUCCAGCCGCAAAACCAGCAGAAAACAGUCAAGUCUCCCACUCUGGCUGUGCUGAAUGAUGACUCUGGCCGCACACUGACAUCCUCUGAUUUUAAUCUUCGGUGUUUAAAUCCAGACCAGAGAGUGGGGGGGCUGCUGGCGUUUAGCAGCCAUGAGGAGUUGGACCAUUUUAACCAAGAGGCUCGGCUGGGAAAUCGACACCUGGAGCUGUUUGCUCUUUACCCACCUGCUGAUGAGGAAGAAGCGGUGGAGAUCCGUCCCAUUCCUGACUGUCCCAAAGAACACACUGGAGACCGCAUCCUCAUCCGAUGCCAGGCCAUCAAGUUUGAGAUCGACAUUGAGCCCAUUUUUGCGACAAUGGCUUUGUAUGACCUUAAAGAGAAAAAAAAGAUAUCAGAAAACUUUUACUGUGAUCUGAACUCGGAGCAGUUUAGAAAUUUCUUGAAACCUCAAACGCCCCACGUAGAUCAGUCCACUUUGGCCAGAUCUGCCAUCUUCUCAGUCACCUACCCUUCUCCAGACAUCUACCUGGUAAUCAAGAUUGAGAAGGUUCUACAGCAGGGGGAGAUUGGUGACUGUGCCGACCCCUACAUGACCUUAAGGGAAUGUGAAUCAGCAAAGAACAAGGACAAGCUUGAGAAACUGCGUGGUCAGGCAGAGGCAUUCUGCCACAGACUAGGACGCUAUCGCAUGCCUUUUGCGUGGGCCACUGUCAAUGUCAUGGAGGUCAUCUCCACCGCCGCCAUCGAACGUGACUUCACAGACUCCGAUAGCAUAAGAGUAAAAUCCAGCAGCAUCGAUCGGAAAGCACAGCUUCCCAGAAGAAACUCCGAACGCUUCAGCACUCUUGAUGAUCAGUUUUGUAACAUCUCUUCCUUCAAACCUGCCACCAUCACUAUCAGCACCAUCUUCAAACAGGAGGGUGACCGUUUGAGUGAUGAGGACUUGCUCAAGUUCCUGGCUGACAUCAAGAAAAACUCCACUCCACAGAGAAGAAUCAAGACAAUACCAGGAUGCAUCAAACUGGACAUGUCUCCAGUCCAGGACACACCACUUGGUUGUUUGUCCACUGAGCUAAUACCACUCAUUCCACCAGCUGAGAAGACAAUUCGUCCAGUCAAGGAGGUCCUGGAGUUUCCCUCCAGUGAGGUUUAUGUCCCCCAUAGCAUUUACAGGAACAUGCUCUUCAUCUACCCCCAGAGGCUCAACUUUGUCAACAGACUGACGUCAGCCAGAAACAUCACCAUUAAAAUCCAGUUUAUGAGAGGAGAGGAUCCCAGCUGUUCUCAGAAAGUAAUAUUUGGAAAAUCAAGUGGCGCUGAGUUUCUGACGGAAGUCUACACUCCGGUGACCUACCAUAACAAAUCACCUGACUUUUAUGAGGAAGUGAAGAUUGCGCUGCCAGCAUUCCUGACAGAGAGGCAUCAUUUGCUGUUCACGUUCUACCACAUCAGCUGCCAGCAGAAGCAGAAUCAGAGUGGCAACUGUGAGACUCUCAUUGGUUACUCAUGGCUGCCCAUCCUUAAUAAUGACCGCCUUCAGACUGGCCAGUUCUGUCUGCCCAUCGUCUUGGAGCGACUACCCAUGAACUAUUCUCUUCACACACCUGAGAAACUUCCUCCACAGGUUCCUCCAGUCAAAUGGAUGGAGAGUCAUAAAGGACUUUUUAACCUGGAGAUUCAGGCUGUGUCAUCUGUGCACACACAGGACAACCACCUGGAACGGUUCUUCACGCUCUGCCAUGCCUUAGAGGGUGGAGCAACAUUUCCUCUGCGGGUCAGGGAAGAAAAAAUUCCAGAGAACAAGCUGGAGCAUGAGCUGAAGCUCAGCAUCGUCUCCCUGUCCUCUUCUAAUUUAGAGCCUCUGGUCCUCUUCCUCCAUCUAGUCCUUGAUAAACUCUUUACCCUUAUCAUGCAGCCCAUGGUCAUUGCUGGCCAAACUGCCAACCUGGCUCAGAUAGCCUUUGAAUCUGUGGUGUCAAUCGUCAACAGUCUUCACAUCAGUCAGGAGCUGAUCAGAGAUCAGCAGGGGAGAAACAGCCUAUUGGCCACCUACCUAUACUGGGUGUUUAGUCUGCCUGAUCCCCCUCGAGACAUGCCACACAUAAAUUCAACGAGUGUAAUAAAUUCGACAGAGAGUCGUUACAGCACCAUAGGUCGAGCCACGGCAACAACUGUAGGAAAUAUGCUCCUGCAGUCGAGAAUUCGCAGCAGCAGUAACCCUGACAUUCCUGGUCCUCACUCCUCUGCUGAAGAUGCUGAAGUUAAAAACAUCCUCUCUGCCAAGGGUCUCAACCACCCAGGCUGUCGUAUGUCUACCUACCUGGAUGUAAACAACCAUCAGAUUCCUUCAGGAAACACCAGACCCUCGAACAGAAAGCAGUUUCAUGAGGAGCUGGCCCUUCAGAUGGUUGUCAGUGCAGGGGUCUGCAGAGAGAACGUCUACAAAUAUGCCUGGUUCUUCUUUGAGCUGUUGGUGAAAAGCAUGGCUCAGCAUGUGUCUCAGCUGGACAGGCACAGUGUCCCACGCAGAAAUCGCUUCUCUGACCGAUUCAAAGAUGACAUCACCACCAUCGUGUUGGUGGUCACAGCGGAGAUCGGGACUAUCCUUGUCAAACAACAGAAGGAAGUAGAGCAAGCAGAAAAGGUCAACAUUAGCCUUGCCUUUUUCCUCUAUGACCUUUUGUCUCUGAUGGACCGAGGAUUUGUUUUUCAGCUGGUAAAAAACUACUGCAACCAGAUGUCAGCGAAGAAUAUUCCAAUGCCAACUUUGAUCAGCAUGCGCCUGGAGUUCCUGCGAAUCCUGUGCAGCCAUGAGCACUACCUCAACCUGAGCCUUUUCUUUAGCAGCCAAUCCUUUGCCACAGCCUCACCAUGCCCCUCCAUAUCUUCACAGGGUUCUGGAUCCUGUAGUUUCCAGGAGCAGCAGACCAUCCUGGGCCUGUUUGAGCUCUCUCAGGAUUUCAAACACCAGCAUUACUUAACGGGUCUGCUGCUGACGGAGCUCAGUGCUGCUCUUGACAUGGAGUCAGAGGGAGGGAAAGUUCAGAGAAAGGCCAUCAAUGCAAUUUACAGUCUGCUUUGUUCUCAUGAUCUGGACCAUCGAUGUAUUAAACCUGAGGUUAGAGCUAAAGUGGCAACACUCUACCUCCCCCUGGUGGGGAUUGUAAUUGAUUCCACCAAUUAUCUGGAUUUUACUGUAUCUGACACACGUGGUGGAAAAAACAAGACCGCCAUACCUGACGAUGACCUUGAAAAUGUCCCACCCAUCAAUCAGUCUGUUGCCUUGGCGAUUGCUGGAAACCCCUUUAACACACUGGGACGGAAUGUCCUGGUUUCCAUGGUAUCCAUGCAGGGUAAAUCUGUAGCCACACUGGCAGCAGACACCAGCCGCCACCUGUUGGUGUGUUUCCUGUGGGUCAUGAAGAAUGCUGACAAGAACCUCAUUCAGCGCUGGACUAUAGAAAUGCCUCCCUCACAGCUCAACAAGCUGCUGGAGCUGCUAACCAUCUGCGUGUCCUGUUUUGAAUACCGGGGGAAACAGUGCAGUGAUAAAGUGAGCACCCAGGCCCUGCAGAAGUCCCAGCAGGCCAAGCUGCAGCUGGAAGAAGCCCUGUUGAGAGGCAUGGGAGCGCGUGGUGAAAUGAUGAAACGAGUCGGAGGAAUGGACAGGACUCCGGGUCAGAGAGAGAACUUGCGCUGGAGGAAAGACCUGACUCAGUGGAGACAGACCAAUGACAAACAGGACAAGACUAAAGCAGAGUUGGACCAGGAGGCUUUGAUCAGCGGGAACUUAGCCACAGAGACCAACCUCAUAGUGCUGGACCUCCUAGAGACCAUUGUGCAGGCGGUGCCACUGGCUGAGUGUAAGGACAGCGUGGUGGGUGGAGUGCUGAAGGUGCUGCUUCACUCUCUUACCUGCAACCAGAGCACAUUGUUCCUCUCUCACACCUUCAGCACACUCAGAGCACUGGUUGUCAAGUUUGGAGACUUGCUGUUUGAGGAAGAAGCGGAACAAUGUGCCGACCUGUGUCAGAAAGUUCUUCAGUACUGCAGCAGCCAUGUGGACAAAAACAGGAGUCAAGCCUGUGCCACACUUUAUCUCAUCAUGAGAUACAGCUACAGCAAUGCCAGUAACUUCUCAAGAGUGAAGAUGCAGGUCACCAUGUCUCUGGCCUCACUGGUGGGCAAGUCCUCAGACUUCCAGGAAGAAUACCUCCGUCGCUCCCUACGUACUAUACUGGCUUAUGCUGAGGAGGACACUGAGAUGCAAAACACACAGCUGCCAUCGCAAGUGGAUGAACUCCUCAGAAAUUUGAACAGUAUUCUAUCAGACACAGUGAAAAUGAGGGAAUUCCAGGAAGACCCUGAAAUGCUGAUGGACCUCAUGUACAGGAUAGCGAAGGGCUAUCAGACAUCCCCUGACCUCCGACUGACCUGGCUGCAGAACAUGGCAGAGAAGCACAUCAACAGGAAGUGCUACACUGAGUCAGCCAUGUGUCUAAUCCACGCUGCCGCCCUGGUGGCGGAGUACCUCAGCAUGCUGGAGGACCACAAGUACCUGCCUGUGGGGAGUGUCACCUUCCAGAACAUCUCCCCCAAUGUGCUGGAGGAGUCUGCCGUGUCGGAUGACAUCCUGUCCCCAGAUGAGGACGGCGUGUGUUCAGGACGCUACUUCACAGAGAGUGGUCUGGUGGGACUUUUGGAGCAGGCGGCUGAGCUUUUCAGCAACGGUGGUCUUUACGAGGCAGUAAAUGAUGUCUACAAGAUCAUCAUACCUAUCCUGGAGGCUCACAGAGAUUUCAGGAAACUUGCAUCAACUCACGACAAACUUCAAAAAGCCUUUGACACCGUUAUUCAGAAGGGCCAUAAAAGAAUGUUUGGAACCUACUUCCGUGUGGGUUUUUAUGGGGCUCAGUUUGGUGACCUGGAUGAACGAGAAUUCAUUUACAAGGAGCCGGGCAUCACACAUCUGCCCGAGAUUUCACACAGACUGGAGAACUUCUACAGUCAGUGCAUCGGUGACGACACACUGGUGAUGAUCAAGGACUCAACGCCAGUGGACAGAAAACAACUCAACCCUAAUAAGGCUUACAUCCAAAUUACUUACGUGGAGCCCUACUUUGACGACUAUGAGAUGAAAGACCGGCUGACAAACUUUGAGAAGAAUUUCAACCUGCGGCGCUUCAUGUACACCACACCCUUCACCAAAAGCGGACGUCCUCGGGGUGAACUUCAAGAGCAAUACAAGAGGAAGACCAUCCUCACCACCAUGCACGCCUUCCCCUAUGUCAAGACUCGCAUUAACGUCAUCCAAAAGGAGGAGGUAAAGUUUGACCUGACUCCUAUUGAAGUGGCCAUAGAAGACAUGCAGAAAAAGACCAGAGAACUUGCUGUGGCCACACACAGGGAACAGCCUGAUGCUAAGAUGUUGCAGAUGCUGCUGCAAGGCUCAGUGGGAACCACUGUCAACCAGGGCCCAUUGGAGGUGGCCCAGGUCUUCCUGAAUGAGAUCCCAGCAGACCCUAAGCUCUUCCGCCACCACAAUAAACUACGUCUGUGUUUCAAAGAGUUUAUAAUGAGGUGUGGUGAAGCAGUUGAGAAAAACAAGCAUCUGAUCACAUUGGACCAGAAGGAAUACCAGCUGGAGCUGAAGAAGAACUACAACCGCCUGAGAGAGAGCCUGAGGCCAAUGCUGGAGAGGAAGAUUCCUGAACUCUACAAACCCAUCAUCAGACCUCAACUACAGAAUAGGGAUUCCUUUAAACGCCUAAGUUUCCGCAGAGCUCAGGAGGACAAUUCCUGAGAUGCUCCUGUCUCUUGGACACCGUGUUCCAGGGGGACGGAGAAUGAGACUGUCGCACAACCUGGUGAGGAGAAGAGAAGAUGGAGAGAAAAAAGAAUGGAUUGUGUAUGUGUGUGUCUGCAUAUGUGUGUGUGUGUGUCUGUGUGUGUGUGUGUGUGUGAGAGAGAGAGAGAGAGAGAUGUUACAGGUAGGUUUGGCAAAAGCAGCGGGAAACAGAAAAACCUGAGCACAGUGAAGCCUUUUAAUGGCUCACAGUAAAACCUGAUGAUCUUCUGGGUCUGUCUUUUAUAUAAAUCUAUAUAUGUAAUUGCAAGUCCUAAUAUAGCUGCAGUAUUUUCCUCCAGGUUGUUUAAAAAGCAGAAUCCUCUUCGGGGUCCUUGCUGGCCUUGGGCCUGUGUGAUCGCCCGUAAUUAUUUUGUCCUGUUUGUGUGUAAAUAUUUUAAUAAAUGAGUGUGUGUUUAUUUAGAUAAUAUGUGGUGUGGAAGAUUCCAGCGCCACGUUGUGGGCACUUUGUACUCAGUCAUGAUAAAUGAUUCCACCACAUGCUGGAGAGCCUGUGAAUUUUAUGGUAAAAAGUGGAGUUGUCCCAAAUUUUGGUUUUUUAAAGUACUGAUACAAGUAUGAGAAUUUUCAUAUGCUGGGUUUAAACCAGUACUUCUCAAAUAGUGGGGUAGGCCCACCUGGGGGUGCGCGGGAAUAUAAUUGAUAACCACUGGGUUUAAACAAAAUAUUCAAUGAACUGGAACACUGUCAGUGUUAUAUAGGUGGUGUAGAUCGGAAGGACACAGGCUGAUUUUGACUAAAAGUAGAAAUAUUUGAAUCAAGUAUCGGCUUGGAUAACGAUACCAGAAUUCGUAUUGAUGCAUACAAUCAAUGGUACAAUUAAGACGUAGACACUUGUUAACUCUUAUGGCCAGUCUUGUCGAAUUGUGCCCCAGUGUGUACCUAAUAAGUGUUUAAAUUAUAAGGAUCUGCCAGAUUUAAUGAAACCAUUCUUUAAAUUCACAUGUACAUACCAGAGAUUAAGUAAGAUGUUUACAGAGAUAUAUGUAUUUUUAGAUCGAUAAUAGAAAUAAUAAUAGUAUUUAGAAAUGAAGAAAAAUGUGACAUUUUUCACACCGCAGCUGUGUUUCGCAAUGUAAAUCAUGUUUACUAUAUCUUUACUCAAAAUGUCUGAAUACAUUCCAGGAACACAUCUUUUACUGCUUUUUGGAGUAUUAAUGGUGUCAACCUGAUUUAUUUCACACUCAUUUUUAAGUAUUGUGUUGCAACUCCUUACUGUGUUGUCAGUGGUGUAAAUCUAACAGUGUUUCAUAAGUGGGUAUACAUCUGUUUAAAUGUUUUAAAAUUAGUGAAUAAUUUGAUUAAACAUCGACAGCUUAUGUAUUAAUUAUUGAUCCAAAUGUAAACCCAUUUAUGAAACUGGCCGAAUUUUGCUGAGACUUGGUGAUGUAUGAUGUAUGUGGGAUGUGUUCAUCCACUGGAGAGUAGAAUCCAUGACUUGUUUUUGAUGUUAAAAACCUAUUGAGUUUUACUGAUUGCAGAAAUGUCAAUAAAUGCAAUUGAAGCACAUGAAAAAAACUAA